CUAGUCUUAUAAUAUUAAUGUGUAAUGUGUAGUAAACUAGUAAAUCAUUGUGUAGUCACUAGUCAUUAAUUUGACUUGAUCAAGAAAUUUACUUUGUAGAGUUUGGUGUUUAUAUUAGCAUAUAAUUUUUUUCAGACAUGAACUAGAUUUAAAUGCUGCAUUUCCAACAGACCGUGGUAAGUUUCCUGAAACAAUUAAUAAUGCAAAUUUAAAAAGAAAAAUUAUAUUGUUUGGACCUUGCAAACCGAACAUAAAAUUUCCAGAAAAUGCAGUUACUAAUUUUGAUGACAUUAAUAUCAAACAACGCACAUUUUCUACUCAAUAUUAUUUUGUAAUGAACCCAACUGGUAUUAAAAUACCUAGAUCAUGGUUAUGCUAUUCAGUGGAUCUGAACAGAGUUUAUUGUGAAACUUGUUGGCUAUUUGCAGACAGAAAUAAUCCUAAAUUUAAUGUAAAUUGGAUAAAUGGUUUGAAUGAUUGGCAGCAUUUAUCACAGAAAAUUAAGGUACACGAAAUAUCUAUUCAACACAUUAAUGCUGUCAAAGUUCGAAUUCUUUGGGUAAAACAUCAGACCAUUGAUAAACAACUUGAAGAACACAUUUCAAUAGAAGCAAAAUAUUGGAGAGAUGUUCUUACCCGAAUUAUUAAGAUAAUUUUAUUUUUGACAUCGGGAAAUACAGCUCUUCGUGGUAACGAGGGGAAAUCAAGAAAUAGUAGAGAGGAUGAAGGGAAUUUUUUGCGUGCAGUAAGAUUAGUGGCUGAUUUUGAUCCAGUUUUAAACAAACUUUUGAGUGACGAAGAAACCCGAGUUAAAUACUUGAGCUGGAAGGUUCAAAAUGAAAUCAUUGAUUUAUUAGCAACAAGAAUGAGAAAUAUUAUAUGUGACGAAAUUCGAUCUAGUCAAUGUUAUACAAUUAUUAUGGAUUCCACCCAGGAUAUUUCAAAAACAGAUCAGGUUAGUUUCAUACUGCGUUAUGCAGUAGUGAACUAUGCUGACUGUACGUUUGAAAUAAAAGAAUCAUUUUUAGGAUUUUUUACAUUGAACCAUCAUGGAGCAGAAGAUCAUGUAAAUUUAAUUAAAGAUGUACUAAAUAUGUUUAAUUUAGACUUGAGCAAAUGUCGAGGACAAGGCUACGAUGGCGCAGCCGUCAUGAGUGGUAGCCAUUCAGGUGUACAAAAAAGAAUCAGUGAUAUAAUUCCUAGUGCAUCUUAUGUUCACUGCAAUGCACAUAACUUAAAUUUAGUUUUAUGUGAUUUGGCUAAAAGUACACCAAAAGUAUCACAAUUUUUUGAUACUCUGCAAGAUGUGUUCUUAUUUUAUAGUAAAUCAGCACCUAGAUGGGCAUCAUUAGCUUUAGGGGAUUCUGUUGCUAAAAUUGUUUUGAAGAAAGUAUGCACUACCAGAUGGGAGGCUAAGCACAAAGCUGUGUAUGCUCUGAAAACUAGGUUCAUAGAUGUAUUAAAGUCAUUAUCCAAUUUAUCUUUAACAAGUCUCAAAACUGAUGAAAAAUUAAAGGCAAGCUCACUGAAGAAAAAAAUUGAAUCUUAUGAAUUUGUUUUAUUAUUAACAAUUUGGGAAAAUAUAUUGAGAAGUUUUAAUCUAGUAUCUAAAAAAUUACAAUCCUCUAAUAUUCAUCUUCAUAGUGCUUGUAAUUAUUUAAAAGAGGCUACAUCUAGUAUUACAAAUUUAAGAGACAAAUAUGAAGAAUUUGUUAAUUCAUCAAAUAUUUUAUGUAACCAAUGGGGCAUACCGAUUCAAUCUAUUGUUCGACGCCGUAUUUAUUCAAAACGAUUUUUUGACGAUGUUGAUGGUGAUAGAAGACUUGACAUUACUAGUGAAAACUUCAAAGUAUUGGUUUUUUUACCUAUUAUUGAUACAGCAAUUGUUCAACUUAGAGAAAGAUUCAACAGUUUGUAUGAAGUAACCAAUAGGUUUGAUUUCUUGCUACCUCAAAACAUUUUAAUGUUUUGUGAAAAGGAUAUUAUGAAAGCUGCAUAUGAUUUUCAAUUGUUUUACAAAGAUGACAUAAGUACAGACAUAAUAAGACAGAUAUUAUGCUUAAAAAGUAUGUUUAAUGAUACUCUAAAAACAAAAUGUGAUAUUAAAGAUUUAUUGCAGUGUAUUUUAGACAAUGAUGUAGCUUCUACUUAUAAUGAUAUACUAUCUGCAUGUAUAAUUUUCAUAACAUUACCAGUUACUGUUGCCGCUGCUGAGCGUUCAUUUUCCAAAUUAAAAAUCAUUAAGAACUAUUUGAGAAAUUCAAUAUCACAGGAUCGUCUAACAAACAUUAGUAUUUUAAAUAUUGAAAGAAAUCGUACAAAUGAAAUAGAUGUUAACUGUAUUCCUAGAAUAGUGUCCACAAGAAUAAAAAUAUUUGGAUAUCUCGAAUGGGCCAAAUGA